AAUUCGAUAUGAGGCCCAUACUACUUCAGGGGCAUGUGAGUUGUUCUAUCCGGGCCUGGUCGGCGGGGAUUGACGGCAGACGGGAUGGUGGGGCUAAUACAUUGAGCAUUUAGGAGCGUAGUUUGACGCAGAUCAAGUAUGGCCAUUCUUUCUGGGGAUUGGAGUUUGGUUGCGGCGAGCAGGUGCUAAUGUUGGAUUUUUCGGGAGUAGGUAUAACAAAGAUGGUAGGCUUUACGUGCCCUUUGCGGGAGUAGAUGUUUGAACUAAUGCUAUUUGCUGCCAGGUGAUUUGCUUUUCUCAACGGCAAAAGACCACGUAGUCUGUGCCUGGUAUUCCGGUAUCUUAGUUUCCAUUCCCGAAGCUCUCUCCGCCAAAUACUAAAAUGUUCUAGUGAAUGGCGAACGAGUCGGCACGUACAACGGCCACGUUGGUGCUCUCUGGACUGUCGACAUUGACCCGACCACCACCAUCCUCGCAACCGGCGGCGCAGAUAAUACCAUCCGUCUCUGGGACGUACGGGCCGGAAAGCAACUGAAAAUGUGGGAAUUCCCGACGGCCGUUAAGCGGGUCGAGUUUAGCGAGGAUGGGACUCUGCUCUUAGCCGUGACGGAGCAGAGAAUGGGCCACUUGGGUACCGUUGUUGUGUUUCCGAUUACAGUCGAUGUGGAGGCGGAACAGGUGGAUGAUCCUAGUUUCACCAUUACCUUCCGCGAGAGUAAAGCGACUGUUGCAGCGUGGGGUUAUCUAAACAAGUACAUUAUCACUGGGCAUGAGGAUGGGAGGGUUUCGCAAUACGAUGGGAAGGUAUGAGGUUUCUACUUGCUGCGGCCGUGAGGAGGGAGGGCUCCCUUGGGGGGUUCAUUCUUUCUCUUUCUUCUGCUGAUUAUAGGAGUGCAGACUGGGGAACUCAUUAGAGAUGUUCAAGCUCAUGAGCUAGACAUGCAGAUUACCGAUAUUGAUAUGGCGCCGGAUAGGACUUACUUUAUCACCUGCUCCAAAGAUAAGACUGCUAAGGUAUACGUCGCUCCCCUCGCGCCAUUUCUAUACGCAUACUGACUGCCAUAGAUUCUGGAUGUCAACGAGCUUAAGGUCUUAAAAACUUAUGUUACCGACACCCCCCUGAAUACCGCAGCCCUUACUCCAAAGAAAGACUUUAUAAUCCUCGGCGGUGGUCAGGAAGCCCGUGAUGUCACUACUACCUCUCAGCGGCAGGGUAAAUUUGAAGCAAGGUUCUACCACAAGAUCUUUGAGGACGAGAUCGGUCGUGUCAAGGGCCAUUUUGGUCCUCUUAACACUGCACGCUGCCCCUCCACCAUUAUCUCCUAGUAUCGCAACCGGGUGCUAAUGUUUGGCCUCUAGAUCGCUGUCCACCCUCGAGGGGUUGGCUACGCCUCUGGUGGUGAGGACGGUUAUGUUCGCGUGCACCACUUUGACAGGCAGUACUUUGACUUUGCGUACGAGGUGGAGAAAAUGAAGGGCUAGGUUGGGUGGUGCUUGGUGGACAAAGUGGAGAUUUAUUUUUUUUAAGAAAAUCUAGAAGCGGUUGCGUUUCCCUUCAUCGGUUCCUUGCCCUUUCCCUCCCGUUCACUAUACAUAUAUAUAUAUAUAUUAUAUAUAUUGUGUGGUAAAAUUUCCAUCUUCUAUCUCCCCUGUUGUAAUGGUAAUGGGAGCGUAGCGGGCGGUCAAUAUCAUGGCGAAAAAUCGCACCCCAAAAAUAAAAAACACUUCUCAAAGGGAUUCUUUUAUUCUAUUUUUAUGGAUAUGACAGUACUAUAGGGGCAUUCUAUUGU